UCUUUUAGGUCUUUUCCAACCUUGGUGAUUCUAUGAUUGAUUCUAUGAUUCCCACAGCCUCCCUUUAGCUAGAGACAGGCUGCUCCCAGAUCUGCCUGGAGCUCUUUUCCCUCAGGAGAACCCCUCCCCGCUUCUCAGCGUCCGGCAGAGACUCCAGCAGGACCAGCCCUCCUGAUGUACGGUUUAUAUUCAAACACACUGACAGCGACCCAGCGGGGUGCCGUGCCGUGCCCCGUUCCGCCCCGCCCCGCCCGGGCAGGCUGCUCUGCUGGCCGGGCGCUGAGCAGAGUGACAGGGAGAGCGGCAGCGCUCGGCAUGGCGCAGUACGCGAGGGGCGCCGCGGCCGUGGCCGUCAUCCGGCUCCGCAACCCGCCGGUCAACGCGCUGAGUUUGACAGUUCUCCAGGCAUUAGAGGAUGGACUGAAAAGAGCAGACGCAGAUCCUUCAGUGAAAGCUGUUACAAUCUGUGGCGAAAAUGGGAAGUUCAGUGCAGGUGCUGAUAUUCGAGGAUUUUCUUCUCCAAAGAAACAGGGUCUUGGCUUGGGCCCCAUAGUUUCUCUCAUUGAAAGGAGCGAGAAGCCUGUUGUGGCUGCCAUUGAAGGCAUUGCUCUGGGAGGAGGCCUGGAGGUGGCACUUGGCUGUCACUAUCGUAUCGCACACAUGCAGGCACGGAUGGGUUUACCAGAAGUCACAAUUGGGUUGCUUCCAGGUGCUGAAGGCACUCAGCGGCUCCCCAGACUGAUUGGGGUUCCUGCUGCCCUGGAUAUAAUUACUACAGGAAGACACAUUUCUGCAACUGAAGCACUGAAGCUGGGCUUGGUUGAUGAAGUUGUGGAAGAGAAUACAGUUGAAGCAGCAAUCCGUUUGGCAAACGAGUUGAUUGGCCAGCCCUUGGGACACCGCAGGCUCAGCCUGAAGCCAGUCCCCAAAUUGCCCAACAUGGAAGAGUUUCUCACCGAGGCUCUUGUGAAGGUGAAGAAACGGGCCCAAGGGUGCCUGGCACCAGAGCUGUGCUUCCAAGCAAUCAAAGCUGCCACAGAGCAGCCAUUUGCAGAUGGAGUCCGGAAGGAGAGAGAGCUGUUUAACAUCCUGCUGACUUCAGGCCAGGCCAAAGCACUGCAGUAUGCUUUCUUUGCAGAGAGAGCAGUGGAGAAGUGGACAACACCCAGUGGAGCUUCAUGGAAAAGUGCUUCCCCUCAGCCCAUCCGCAAAGCAGCUGUGAUAGGGCUGGGAACAAUGGGCCGAGGCAUUGUGACUUCUCUGGUUAAGGCCAAGAUACCUGUGGUAGCCCUGGAGCAGGAUCUGGAGUAUCUGAACACAGGAAGAAAAGCCGUGAUGCUCCUUUUGGAACAUGAGGCUAUGAAAAUGGAGCAGGGUGCCCAAACCCUGGAUUUCCAUAACCCUGCACGACUCCAGUUCACUGUGGACUUUGAUGUUUUGCGGGAUGUAGAUCUAGUUAUUGAAGCUGUGUUUGAGAACAUGGCACUAAAGAAGGAAAUAUUCAACAAGCUAUCGAGAAUCUGCAAGCCGGAGGCUUUUCUGUGUACAAACACAUCAGCCCUGAAUAUCGAUGAAAUAGCUUCUGUCACCAGCCGCCCACAGCAGGUCAUUGGCACGCACUUCUUCUCCCCUGCUCAUGUGAUGAGGCUGUUAGAAAUAAUCUAUGGCCGUCACACAUCCCCCACCACCACUGCCACAGCCAUGCAGCUAGCCAAAGUGAUGAAGAAAGUUGGAGUGGUGGUAGGGAACUGUUUUGGGUUUGUUGGGAACCGAAUGAUGUUUCCGUAUUUACAACAGGCAAUUUUCCUCUUAGAGGAAGGAAGCAGACCAGAAGACGUAGAUCAGGUUCUUGAAGAUUUUGGGUUUAAGAUAGGGCCUUUCCGAAUGUCUGAUCUUGCUGGGCUGGAUGUGGGCUGGAGGUCUCGAAAGGACCAGGGCCUCACUGGCCCCUCAGUGGCUCCAGGAACACCCGCCCGCCAGCGGCAUGGCUAUCGCUACAGCCCGCUGCCUGACCUUCUGUGUGAGAAAGGCAGGUUUGGCCAGAAGACUGGAAAAGGCUGGUAUCAGUACGAGAAGGCUGGGGGUAGGACAGCCAAACCAGACCCAUGGAUUCACAGCUUUCUGUCUGAGUACAGGGACACCCAUCAAAUCAAAACUCGCUUUAUAGACCAGGAGGAAAUCCUGGAGCGUUGCUUGUUUACUCUUAUCAAUGAAGGAUUUGACAUCCUGGCUGAGGGAAUAGCGUCAGGCCCAGAACAUCUUGAUGUAGUUUAUAUCAAUGGUUAUGGAUGGCCGAAGCACAGGGGUGGCCCCAUGUUCUACGCUUCCACUGUUGGGCUCCCUAACAUUCUGGCUAAGCUGCAGAAAUACUCUGAGAUCCACCCUGAUGUUCCCCAGCUACGUCCCAGUGCCUUUCUGAAAAAGUUGGUGGCUAUGGGGAACCCUCCUCUCAAUGACUGGAUGUCCUACCUACACAGGCAGAGCAACAAGCUGUGAUUUCACUGAUACCUGCUAUAGAAAUUCCUUGGAGGCUGAUCUCAUGAAACAGCUGCUGUAAUUGCACUAUCUUUUCCAAUCAAAAACAAAGUGCUAUAGGCUUAUAAACAAUGUCAGGUACCUUCCUAGGUGAGAUUGAUCUCUGUCCCACCUUGCUGCAGGCAGCCACUGCCAUCACCCACCCUUCCCUCUUGCCACCUGCCUCACCCACCUUCUUUGCACAUUGCUGCGUACAGAUGCAUUUCAUUCUCCUCUGUACUUAGGUCUUCAGAGCGGUGCAUCUCUCCCAGUCUUUCUUUGAUGAAGGGACAGAGCAGCACCUGGCCCUCAAAGCAAAUCACAGUGGGAGGUGAGAGCAAGAUGGUCACAAUUCACCCAAGACCAGCUGGACCUUCCAGAUCCUGGCCUAAGUCUGUUUUCCAGUUUGUUCAGACCUUCCUUCUCCCUGCAGUGCAAUGUCCUGUACCCCAGAUUACUUGGCAGUCCCAAAUGCAGCCAGUUGGAGCCUGCUCCCUUCACACUGCUAGGGAAGAGUUGGCACAUUUCAGAGGCAAAUUCAAAGGAAUUGGUGAGAGCAGCUUUGGAGAGAGAGCAAGGGGCAGGGCUGGUACUGUCACCUGCUCCCUGCUGCAGAAGAAAAUUCUAAUAAGUGACACAAAAGCCACACAUGCAUCAACCUUACUAACCUGCACUAUGCUGUUGGCUCAUGACUGGCAUUCUGCAUCUAGACUCCAUCCUCCUUUAUCAUCCACCUGGCUUUGUCCAGGCAGAAACAUCUUCUGGCAUCUCUAAGAGUGGAUUUGCACUGCUGUCACUCCCCCUAUCUUGCCUGCCUGUGGCUACCUAAUUGAUCUAAUUGACCAGACUGAAACCUGGCCUGGCACUUACCAGGUUUUCCCUUGCUGAGAGAGCAGGGCUCAAGAGCUGGGCAAGCAGACUUCCAGCAGAGAGUAGAGCAGGAGUGAGCCAGACCUCUUCCAUGCUUUGGACAAAGUCACCUAUUGCUCGUGACUAGGUUGGUGUUCUCAGGAAGAUUAACACUGAAUGUCUGAUUGUUGCUUUCUAUUUUAAUAAAACCAUUUUGAUUAUCUAAUGACAGAUUAUUGGGUAGCAUACAGGAUAGCAGAAGAUGGAAAAUGUGUUUGUUCUUUAUACCUCCGUAGCUUCUUUAUGUGGCAGAACUCACUACACUGUCUGUUUAUGAAGGAGUUCAUGUUGGAAGUGGUUGCAUGCUUGUUUUUCUAAACAUAGCUUCUUUUUUUCACUUCUGCCCUUCUGUGGACGAGAGUGCAAAGCUGGGGUCAUGAAACCCUCCAGAAGCCAGAACCUAUUUCCUUGUUCAGGGGAGGAUUUUCCUCCGGGACCAGCAAAACUGCUGCAGUUCUCCCCCCAUCACUUGCAUGUCACAGCUGAGUGCAAUCCAGCAUUUGCUCAAAGGUGAAGCACUGCUUCCACGCGAGCGGGCUCCGCGUGACGUGUUACACAACAGCACUGCUGCUGCUGGCGGCUGUCACGUCACUCAGCAGGACAGCUCUGGACACGCCGUGCUGUACACUCUCCUGGGCCUCCUGCCAUGGGGUUCACCCGUAUCGGAGAUGGGUUGGAGAAGGACAUUCCCCUUGCAGCGGGAGUGGGGUGAGGAGGGGUGGGGAUGCCCUUUGUCUGCCUCAGAGAUGGUAGUUUCUGGAUAUCAAGCCCCCACCAACAUCAAACUUGUGGCCAAAACAUCUCACCUAAGUGCUUUUGUACAUCUGACGUGCCCAGCCCCCUUCUCAUCUCCCCUCAAGGAAAUUACUGAGAACAGAGGCCGUUCGCACUAAUAAUGACUACCGACAGAAGUUCAUUUGUGCAUUCCUAUUGACCAAAGCAGCGCAGCAUUGAUUGCCAUGUUCCAGCCAGCAAAGUGAAACUGCCAGUGCUCAGGGUGAGCUGCGGCUCUGAGGGCAGGCACCAGGAUCCUGCAGUCGGCAGGAGCACGUGAGAGUCCUG